GACGGUUGCUAAAACAGUUUGCCUCCUUUCCUCUCAGUUGCGUUAGUACGGUGUCUAAUGGUUCCUGAGAGUUUCUAAAAAACAAAAAUGGCUUUUGUUUCACACAACCAGCGAGAUGCUAACGGAAGUUAUACCUUCUCAAGUCGCCCCAGACCCGUUGAGAACCGCUCCAAAUACAGAGAGCCUCCGUCUGAACAGACACAGAGUAAUUAUGGAAAUAUUAUGUAUGAUCGUCGUGUUGUCAGAGGAAACACAUACGCCCAACACAUUAUACCAACUAUGGCACAGCCAGACCCUGGUGAAACACAAACACAACAGGAGAUCAGGAGGAGAGCCAUUGCUCGUAAACGAGUCAGGGAGCAGUUCAGACCCAGCACUCCCGAUGCCUUGCAGGGCAGAAAACACAUUGAUGUACAAACAGAUCUUUAUCUUGAAGAACUGAGUGAUGUUAUAGUGGCUACAGAUAUUGAGUGCCAGACUGAUGCUUUCCUGGACAAACCAACAACCCCACUCUUCAUUCCAGCCAAAUCUGGCAAAGAUGUUGAAACACAGAUAGAGGAGGGAGAGCUGUUUGACUUUGACAGGGAGGUGCAGCCAGUGUUGGAGGUCCUGGUGGGUAAGACAAUAGAACAGUCUCUGGAGGAGGUGAUGGAGGAGGAAGAGCUGGCCUGUCUGAGGGCCCAGCAGAGGGCCUUCGAAGAGCUCCGAAAUAACGAGCUGGCAGAGGUACAGCGGCUUCAGGAGCAGGAGAGACGCCACAGUCAGGAGAAGGAGCGUAGAAUUGCAGAGCAGAAGGAGGUGUUGAAGAAAGAAAGAGAGACUGCUGAGAAGAUUGCUGCCCGGGCGUACACCCAGCAGUACUUGGCUGACCUCCUCCCGGCAGUCUUCACCUCACUGAGAAGCCACGGUUACUUCUAUGACCCCGUGGAGAAAGAAAUUGAGACUGAUUUCUUCCCGUGGCUGAUGGCAGAGGUUAACAACACUUUGGAGAAGAGAUACACAGCAAGAGAGCUGCUGGACACUAUGAUCAGUGAGGUCGCCCAGAAGAGGAUGGACGGGUUUGCAGACAGCUGAAUCUGACAUGUAGACAGAUUCAGCUGUAAUGACUGACUGAGGAAGGUCAAGGACAUGAAUGUAUUCUAAAAAAUAAAGUGUUUUUUCACUGACUAAA